GAAAAGUUACAGAGGAACUCCCACUGUGAAAAUUUACCCGUCCAGCGUUGGUGUCCGUCCGUUCAACAGGCAUUUAUCUUUGGAACAACCGUGGCACCGGAGCUAAUAAAAUUUUAAACCGCAAGAGUAAUUUUAACGAAGAAACCAGCAUUAUCUGCACAUUCCUGAAGUUUACAGACUGUCGAGCAAAGAUGUUUCAGAUAAAACGGAUCUGUUGCAUUGGAGCUGGAUAUGUAGGAGGCCCAACGUGCAGUGUCAUCGCCCAUAUGUGUCCAGAGAUCACGGUGACUGUGGUGGACGUUAAUGAGUCCCGCAUCAAAGCCUGGAACUCUGACACAUUACCCAUUUAUGAGCCGGGACUGAAAGAGGUGGUUGAAUCAUGCAGAGGGAAAAAUUUAUUUUUUUCUACAGACAUAGACUCAGCCAUUAGGGAUGCUGACCUCGUUUUUAUCUCUGUGAACACCCCGACCAAGACCUACGGGAUGGGGAAGGGUCGCGCGGCUGACCUGAAGUUCAUUGAGGCAUGUGCUCGGCGGAUUGUGGAGGUGUCUGAUGGCUACAAGAUUGUCACGGAGAAGAGCACGGUCCCCGUACGAGCUGCUGAAAGCAUCAGACGGAUAUUUGAUGCCAAUACCAAACCCAGCCUCAACCUGCAGGUGCUGUCCAACCCAGAGUUCCUCGCAGAAGGGACAGCAGUGCGGGAUCUGAAGGAGCCAGACCGCGUCCUGAUUGGUGGAGAUGAAACAGCUGAAGGCCAAAGGGCAAUCAAAGCGCUUUGUGCUGUGUAUGAACACUGGGUCCCCAAAACACGAAUCAUCACCACCAACACUUGGUCAUCUGAGCUCUCCAAACUGGCAGCCAAUGCUUUUCUGGCCCAGCGAAUCAGCAGCAUUAACAGCAUCAGUGCUCUGUGCGAGGCCACAGGAGCUGACGUGGAAGAGGUUGCCAAGGCAAUUGGUAUGGAUCAGCGAAUAGGCAGCAAGUUCCUUAAAGCCAGCGUUGGUUUCGGUGGAAGCUGCUUCCAGAAAGAUGUCCUUAAUCUGGUUUAUCUGUGUGAGGCCCUCAACCUGCCGGAGGUGGCUUCUUACUGGCAGCAGGUGAUCGACAUGAAUGAGUAUCAAAGGCGCCGCUUUGCCUGCAGGAUCAUCGACUGUCUGUUCAACACUGUAACUGGAAAAAAGAUUGCUCUGCUGGGCUUCUCCUUUAAAAAAGACACCGGUGACACAAGAGAGUCAUCCAGUAUUUACAUAUCAAAGUAUCUGAUGGAUGAGGGAGCCAAGCUGUUCAUCUAUGACCCCAAAGUUCUUAAGGAGCAAAUCAUUCAUGACCUCUCCCAGCCCAACAUCUCGGAGGACAACCCAGAAAGAGUGUCUGAGCUGGUGACUGUGACUUCAGACCCAUAUGAGGCUUGCCAGAGUGCACAUGCACUGGUCAUCUGCACUGAGUGGGACAUGUUUAAGGAACUGGACUAUGAGAAAAUCUACAAGAAGAUGCUGAAGCCGGCCUUCAUAUUCGAUGGUCGCAGAGUUCUGGACCACCUCCACGAUCAGCUCCACUGCAUCGGCUUCCAGAUUGAAACCAUUGGCAAGAAAGUGACGGCAGCACGAAUCCCCUACACCCCGGCAACCACUUGUCCUCGCAUCGCCGGCCCUGAACCUGCCACCAAGAAGGCAAAAGUCUAAAGCCGAUUCUUCCCCCACACGACACGCAACACAUUCCUCUCAAAGCCUUUUCAUUUCAACAGCAGAGGGAAGGAAGCUGAACUCGGUUUCCUGCCUCCUCUGUUCCUCUUCAUGAUCAGGAGGGUUAAACUAGCUGCUCCCUGCAGUGGGAAGGGAAGAUGGGGAAAUCUUGAAUCAUAGUAUUAAUUGAAUGUUUAGAAAUAUGUUCUUUGAUCUAUUCCAGAUACAGUUAACGUUUUACAUGCUGAAUAAUAUUUAGCAAACGUCUGCUGUACUCACUUUAAAGGAACACUAUUAAAUGGGCUUAUUUACAUUAUGUACUAUAUAAUCAAGUAUGAUUAAAAAUGCUCAAUUUUUAUACAUUUUAAUAUACAUAUUUUUAUAAAUCAUCUUACUGUAUGUUGGUCUGUGUGUCUUCUGCAUCAGUGAAUGUUUACCAAAAGGGCCAAUGCAAUAAAGUGUGAUGUCCUU